GAGAAUGCCAGAAGAUGAGUCUUACGGAUAUAUAUGAACAUAUUGACUCUUUAUGAAUUUUCAAAUAUCUCUGGCGUGUCCAAAACACCCACCAAAUUAGUCCCACGACCUAAUAUUAUAAUAGUAAUAAACAUUAUUAUAGCAAUAAAAAAAACUCAAUUACUUCUUGCUAACACACACAAAGCCACAAUAUAAAACCCCCUCUCAACGUACCAAAAAUUUCACCACCUCCCCAUAACGAAAAAUUCAUUUCACUUUUCCUAUAACAAUUCAAGAUUAAGCUAUGGGUUAUGAAACCAAAUCGACUUUGGACACCGAGAGAUCGACCGCGCCAGGAACCGGCACCACGACGAAGAGUUGUUCGAUGACUCAAGUUGUCCUAAGAUUUGUUCUGUUUGCAGCCACUUUGACAUCAAUAGUGGUAAUGGUUACAAGUAAACAGACCAAGAAUAUAUUCCUUCCUGGAACUCCCAUUCGUAUUCCUGCUGCAGAGUUCACCAACUCACCGGCUCUUAUGUAAGUUCAUCCUAAUAAUUCAUUAAUUAAUAUUUUCUUUUAUUUUCUCGAAUUUGAUUGAUCAUCUUUAGUAAAUGUGACUAAGGGCCAGAGUUCAUAUGUGAUUUGUAUAUCUCAUAUAUAGUCAAACUAAGUAGACAAUAUAAUUAUGGGUUGUUGUGUUGUUUGGAGAAGUAAUAGAGGUUGUUUUAUCAAACACGGGUCUUAAACCAUAUCUUAAUCCUAACUUAGAAGAAGUCAUGUCAAAUUAGGAUAGUGUAAUACAAUGAUCGCUUGAUCGGUCACAUGUAUGGACCAUUGAAAAUCUGGUCAGAGCGUGGAUUUUUUCAUGUAUACAAAAAUAUAUAUUUAAUUUUGAGAAACCAAGAGGAUUUUGGUCAUGUAUAUGGAAAAGAGGAUGUAGUAUCACGUAAAUGUUUAAACAUAUACUUAACAAGUAAAAUUUAUACAUACAAAUCGCCGAUCUUAUAUGAAUUGUUUAUUUACGUGUGGGAGUAGUUGGAAUUUCGAAACAAAGGUUGUGGAAAGUCAAAAAUACUUUGUGGUAGCAUUAUCCGUGGCAUGCUUUUACAGCAUUGUAUCUACAUUUGUCACCGUAUCUGCUUUCAAGAAGCAUUCCUGCUCUGCGGUUCUCUUGCUAAAUCUUGCCAUUAUGGAUGCGGUGAUGGUGGGGAUAGUGGCCUCAGCAACCGGGGCAGGAGGUGGAGUAGCUUACCUUGGUCUGAAGGGAAACAAAGAAGUUAGAUGGGGCAAAAUCUGUCAUAUCUACGACAAGUUUUGCCGUCAUGUUGGAGGAGCAAUCGCCGUCUCAUUGUUUGCUUCGGUUGUCCUCCUCCUCCUAUCCAUCAUCUCUGUCCUCUCCCUCUACAAGAAAAUCCGUUGAGUCACUCUCUUUGUUUCGUUGUUUCUCUCAAGGUAAUACAAAUUGAUGAUGUUUUUGUUUUUUUAUUUGGUAUAAUCUGUCGAAGUUGACUUGUAUGCGUCUUAGUUCUGUAAGUGUUGUAUUAUUUAAAUUUCGUUGAUUUUGUAUAAUUGUGUGAUUAAAGUAUUUGUAAACCGAGGUUUCUAGUGAAUCUUUGAAUUUUAUUCAGUGUUUUGUAUAAUUGUGUGAUCGAGCAUUCUGACUCGAUAUCUUUUUGCAUUCAUAAAGAAAACUAUUUUGGUCCAAGAUGGCAAAAAUAAUUGGG